AUGAGGGCGAACUGGUGCUGCAAGUCGGAGCGCGGAAGGUGGGAGGGGACUGGGGAUAGAGGAAUCGUGCGGCGAUGGGCUCUCGGUGCCCGCCUCGAAACUGCGAGGUCUGCUGCAUAGCGCAAUCCAAGUACAAGUGCCCGAACUGCCUUGCCCCUUAUUGCUCCUUGGCAUGCUUCAAGAAGCAUAAAGAAGUUCCAUGCCAAAAGCCAUCACCUUUGGUGGAAGAGCCACCAAAUCCAUUGCCUCCUCAACGACCAUUUGAAGUAGGAGAACCAAGUUGGGUUGUUGACAGAGAGCAAUUACAGUUGAUAGCAAACUCAAGCGCCAUACAGGAGAUCUUAAAGGAUGCAGAACUAAGAAGAAUAAUACGUCAAAUUGAUGCAGCUGAUGAGCCAGAGGAUCAACUGACUAACGCCAUGGGAGGGGAAGUUUUUCGUGCUCUUACAGAAAAGAUCCUCUCCAUUGUUAGUCCUAAAGAGUGAUAAUAUUCAUUUCUGAAACCCAAACUUGGAAGAUGAUCUAAUACUGAUAAGGAGGAGGACCAGGCGCGUCCAUUUUUGAUUGGACCUGGUGAUGAAGAGAUUGAGUAUUACGAUCUAGUUGUUGUAAUUGUUUAUGUAAUGACUUUUCCUCUAUAAAACAAAAGUUUUAUUUAAAUAUAUAUGAUGGAGAUCGCGCUCCAAGAUUCUUGCUUUA